AUGGACGCAGCUGCCGUACGCUCAGAGAUAAAGUCAUGGGAGCGUGCAUUCAAGGCAGAGCAUAGCCGAGACCCGGCUAUCGAGGAUAUCAAAGCCCAACCAAAGAUUGCCGCUAAGUAUAAGCUAUACAAGAAGCUCUCAAAGGAGGCAGCUCAAUCGCAUGUAGCAAAGGAAGCACAUCGACAUGCCCCCUCGACUCCACCACGUCGGUCAUCCGACCUACCAGGUCCUUCAUCUCUUGUACCAAAGUCGCGUGCAACGGCGCACGCUCCCACUGAAGAGACAUCUAAUCCUUUCUCCCCUGCAAAGUCGCCCCGUAAAAAGCAAAUCUAUCAUAAUCAAGCUCCUCAAAGCACUUCAACCUCUUUCAACCUUCCGUCAACUCCGCCCAGGAAGAAAAGAGUACUACCCACUCCUUCCCCGGAUCCAUUCCCGCCUAUCGAAACUGCUCCAGAAGUAACAUCCCCCGUUGUUAACAGUGCAGUAAAGAAGGCAAGGAAACGUCUUCGCGGUGACCUCGUUUCUCCGACUCCUAAGAAGCCUCGAGUGGCAUCCACAUGGCUCACUUCCGAUUCGGAAAGCAAUUCAGAGAACGAUCGCGAGGUAGAUACAGCGUUCGUUGACGAAUCGCCUGUGAAAGUUUCAAAUGGGAAAGACUUCAAGCCCUUAUUUGAUGAGACUCGCCUUCCACAACCCAACUUCACUACGACCACGAAGAAGGGACCAUAUUCACGUGCGAAGUCUGCAGUUGAUCCUUUCGCUGGGCAUUCGACUAGGCAGCUUCCAAAUGCUCUUCAGGGAGAACCAAGCGGCUUGACGAGGGCGGCUUCGUUGCAGAAUCGGAACAAGAUCCUCUUAACUUCUGCACGGGUGAAACCAGUUUUCUCAGGGAAACGGCCAUAUGCUUCGAUGAGGUCUGACUGGCCCGAGGAUUCUGCUACGAUUAACGUAAAUGAGACCCGACCUGCUGCAGACUCCCGAGCUAAUCUAAAACGUUCAAGUUCUGUCGACGCAGAUGACAUGGCAUCCAACGAUCAGCCUCUUCCUACGAAUCAUGGUGGACUGUUGCCUCCUUCACCAUCUGCUAGUGACCACGGAAAAUCCGAGACUCGUACGACGGCGGACAAGUUUCGUGCCAAAAAUCGGAAAAAGGUGAAGCUAACCUUGGACAAUGAACUUGGCGAAGACGAUCAGGCAACCGAUGAGGGCGUGCAGGUAGUUGACCUAGACUUAAGCAUACAUCGACAUGCUGGUUCUCGAGACGUUGACAGUGACGAAGAUAAUUUAAUGCGAGAAGCUUUCGGGACAGUCGGGAAAAUCAAAUUUGACGUUGAACCUGAAAGCCAAGAAUACGGAUCCGAGGAUGGCGAACCAGACAUUAACCUUCCAGACGACCUCCGCAAAGUACUCCACAUUUCCGCAUCUCAGUCCCGAUCUCGUGAAGAGCAAGUCCUCGUGGAUUCCUUGCUACGAGGAAGGAUGGACCCGCAACAUCUCCGGGGCGAGGUGUGGGGAAUUGGUGAAAUUGAUAACGUGGCAGCCGCCGUAACUGAUGGUGAAGAGGACUGGGCGGGGGAAGGAAUUCCGUGGGAGAUCGUUUAUACACGUCUGAUCUGCAUUGCUCUUGAAGCAUACUUGUCUGCAGUCACAGUUGCUGCAGUAUGCGAUGAGUUAUGCCGUCGUCAAGAUGUGACGGCGAUUCAUAGUGAUAUUAAGGUGCCCCUGUCCAUGCCUUUAUGGUGCGGUUCAGAUACGACGUAA